AUGGUAGCAGUGCUCAAGACGGGGUGCCUGCCGAGACAGGUGAGCGGCCGAGUGUGUGCACAGUCGGCCGCGCAGUGGAUGUGGGAAUGGUCACAACUGGACGUGUUUGCGCUGGCGUUGUUCAUCACUUUAUUCGUCUUCAACGCCUUCAGUCUCCUUCGAGCCGUUGCCCCUUGGGGUUUCUACUGCGUCCUUAUGGCGGCUAUGAGUGGCUUCGAGUUGGCUAAGCAUGACUUACCUCCGAUGCUGAGAAUGGCACAACAUGACCUAGUCGAGAUGGACGAGAUCGUCUGUGAAGAGGAAGGGGAGGAGGAGGAAGAGCAGCAGCAGCAGACUGUUGUCGAGCCCGGCGUCAUAAAGCACAGACGAGAGCACUCAGGAAGCAGCUCAUUCUCAGAGGAGCGUCUCCGCUCUCGGGUGGACUCGGUUGCAAGCACAGUAACGAUCGCCAAGUCACGACGUCUUGGUAACUGCUGUCGUGGACUUGUACGGAUAGUCCAGAAAUUAGGAUUGCCGUUUUUCGUGCUCAAGGCGAUUGGCUGGAUUAUAUUCUUCGUCAUUUGGUGGGUGAACUCUGGCAAUGCCAGACUGGAUCUAGCAGGAGUGAACGAGACUCUUCUCGAGAACGCCCCAUUGGUAACUAGUGGCCUUCGGGACUUCUUGCCAGAUAUGGUGGGACAGUGUCCGCCAGAGCUUCCACGUCCCGACAUAUGCAGAGACAUUGGACCGCUGUAUCACGAUAAAUCGACCGUUAUGGAGGUUUUGUCCAGAUGGCUGUCCGGUCUCCGCAGCGUUAGUGUGGAGGAGCUGAGCUUGGGGGUGCCACGUGAAAGCGAGUUGGAGAUGUCGAUUGCGGGCUCAUUCGAUGAGCUCAGCAUGUCACUCUACAUCGGACAGUGUAUAACUCCGGACAACCUCUUCCGAAGCACUAACGACACAAUGGAGACCAACGACGGGGACGGAACCAAGAAGAAGUUCGGGAAGCCAAUAUGCUCAGCGCUGUGGGAUAAAGUGUAUUCCUGGAAACAGGUUGGCUGGGGUCUGAUCAUAUCUGCCUCUUGCAAUGAGGAGUGGCCUUAUGUGAGGAACAUCGCGAUCAAGGACGUCACUCUGGAUCAGAAUCUCAAGAUUUCUGAACAACUCGUGUUUGGUAUCACGAUUAACGUUGACGAUCUCACGACGAGGUUCCGAGAUGGAUUUCAGAAAGCACUGAUGCCGUACAUUGUCAGCAAGUCGCCGUGGAUACGAUGGGGCGCAGAUGAAUACGACAUGACAGAGUUGCUUAAUCAGUUGCACUUCCCGAAUACGUUGUCCUCGGCCUGGAAAUCUCCUGCGGAGCCCCAGAGGGCCGCGGUCAAAGCGCCGAUUGAACUGACGAUUGCUCCUUUGUUUGAUUCAUUGGAAUACAUAAUAUACUGUACAUUUGUCGGGGCAGUAGCAUCAGUAUCCAGCCUGACGUGGAGGACUAGGACAGAUCGUACGACAGUUGAGGACUUUGAGCGCGAAUUAGCUCUUGGGUCAUCCAAGGUAGACUAUCUGUCGGCCCUGGAACGUGAAGAUUGCCAGCGAAAUGUUCAAGAGCUCAGAUGUGUUCGUCGAGCAAUGGAGUGGCUCAAGGAAGAGUCGAAGCCCAUACAGCUACCCGUGACUGGUACCGUUCUUGCUAAGUGGUGUAAGGUGCCUGUGGUCACAGAGACAGGGAAGCUCCAGUCCUUUAUCAAGAAUGAGGAUCUAUGUGAUGCUGUAUCGGCCGUUGGUGUUACUGCUCGGGCUUUCUCAAUCCUUGCAAACCACGAUAAUGACAAAGUGUUCGGUGCUUUCCGCAACAUUGAGCGGAGCGAAGUCGUUAUUAUUGGAUGUUUGGACUUGCUCACCUCUGUUUCUCCUGAGCUCUUGCUUCGAAUAGCCUGGCUGGAGCUGGACGGUGUCGAUCGUCGGUCACACGUUGAUGGAGUCCCCUCAACUUCGAUCUUUUGUCGCUGUAUAAUGAUGCUCACUGAACUUUUAAAGAAUGGGCCUCAGGCAGAGUGUGAUCCUGACCUUAGGUGUAGCGUGAGAGAGCUCGUGGCCGCUGUCUUGGCUUCCCCCGACACCCUUUGGGCGCAGGAUGAUGGGAAGCUGAUGAAAGUCGGUCUAGCUCUCCUACAAAAUGAACUCAAAAGAACCAAAAUGGUUUAG